AUGGGGAAUUUAAAGCAAGAUCUGGCGCAUGAGCAACCUUGUCAUCCACGAGCCUGCGCUAUUCAAGAUUGCUUGACGAAAAACUCAUACGAUGAGAACAAGUGCCAGGCGCAGAUUGAUGCUCUCUAUGAGUGCUGCAACGCGUUCUACCAGCAACAAGGUGACCAGGCCUCGACUGUGAGCUGUCCCAAGGCAGGUCUACUGCGUCUGAAAAUGAAACAACGAGCCCAAGCAACGCAAGGCACGAACUAG